CCUCCCAAAAAAUAGAGCUCUCCAAACAAACAAAAACCAGGUCUUUACCAUCUGGCGCAAUCCAAGUUGUAGGCUUCAAACAAUAAAGACCUCUUCUUCCUCCCCUCUUCUUUCUCCUUCUCCCGAAGAAGAACAAGGAGAGCUCAUGUCUGUCGCUCUGGGAGCUCCCUCAGGCUCCAAGGACAUUGACUUUGCCACCCUGGAAAUGGAGGAAGAAGAGAACAAGAACAAGAAGCAAGAGGAGGUGGAGAAUACGGAUGGUGAUGCAGAUGAAAAGCUGAGCAGGAAAUUCAGCUGCACUUCGGUCGCCUCGACCGACAACGACGAUGAGAUCGGCGAUGAGGAUGACGACGAUGAGGAUAAGAGAGCAGUGCAACUGGGUCCCCAGGUCCCGCUCAAGGAACAGCUGGAGAUGGAUAAGGAUGAUGAGAGCUUGAGGAGGUGGAAGGAACAGCUACUUGGAAGUGUUGAUCUUAAUGAUGUUGGAGAGAAUCCAGAUCCAGAAGUAAACAUCCUUGACCUUACUAUCCUGACUCCUGAUCGUCCGAAUGUUGUUUUACCAAUUCCUUUCAUCCCUGAUGCAAAGGGCUUUGCAUUUGGCCUCAAAGAUGGCAGCCGCUACCGUCUCAAGUUCUCUUUUACCGUCUCCAACAACAUUGUCUCUGGGCUCAGAUACACAAACACAGUGUGGAAGACUGGAGUAAGAGUGGAGAACACAAAAGUUAUGUUGGGAACUUUCAGUCCUCAGAAGGAACCUUACACAUACGAAUUGGAAGAAGAGACCACCCCUACUGGAAUGUUUGCAAGGGGAUCUUAUUCUGCUAGGACAAAGUUUGUGGAUGAUGAUGGAAAGGUCUAUCUGGACAUGAGUUACUAUUUUGAGAUUAGAAAGGACUGGCCGGUGACUUCUUGAGCAAAUUACUAAUUUUACUGAUGAUUGAGUAAAGAUGUUGUAUGAUUCCAUCCAUAAGUGAAUUCAAAUUGAUCUUUUGUCUAGCAAGCUUAGGUGAGAGAAUUUUAUAUGUUUUUUUUUGCAUAAUUGCAGUUGAACAAAUGACAGACUCCACAAGAAGUAAAUUGAGUGAUCCAUGUACUGAACUAUUAUGGUCCCAUGCUCAAAUCUUCUCUAUUUCCCUCU